AUGGAUAUUUCUGAGAAUUCAAAUGAAAAAAAUCAGAAGUCAUUUGAGGAGGCAUUCAAUACAAUGUUUGACAAUAUCUCUUUAGAUAUUGAUAAAGAAAAAAAAAAGGAUGUUAAAACAAAAACAAUAAAUUUUAUUAAUUCAGAUAUGCAAGAAAAAUUGGCAAAUACAAUUGUUGGUAUGGCAGAUUUUCGAGAUUCUCCGUUAUUUCCAUCAUCAACAUCAAUACAUGAUAAUUUAAUUAUUACCACAUCAGCAUCAUCUUCAAGUUCAAAGUCAUUAAGUGAACUUAAAUGUUUAUUAGAUAAACCAUGGAUUAAAGAGUAUCUUAAAUGUUCAGAAAAUAUUUGUAGAGACAUAUGUUCACAAAAACUUCCUGAUAUACCAUUUGAAGUUGAUGAUGAUGAAGGGAUUGCUGUUAAAUAUGUAAAAUUAGUUAAACAUAAUGAACCUCUUGGUGCUACUAUUAAAUGUAAAACAGAUGGAAGAAUUGUUGUAUCUAGAAUAUUAGCUAACGGUAUUGCUGAUAAAAGUGGUGUUAUUCAAGUUGGUGAUAAUAUUAUUGAAAUUAAUGACAUCUCAGUUAGUGGUAUGAAAGCUAAUGAGGUAGCAAAAUUGUUAAAUACAAAAAAUGAGAUAACAUUAAAAUUAAUUCCUGCUUUAAUGAAUUCAAAUAAUGAUGGAAAAAAUGUACAUUCAUUUUAUAGGGCAAUGGUUGGGUAUAAUGGAAAAAAUGACCCAAAUCAUCCUGUUCCAGAAGCAGCAAUUUUAUUUGAUCGAGGUGAUAUCUUAGAAAUUUUAGUUGCUGAUGAUCCAAUGUGGUUACAAGCAGCAAAUUUAGGAAAUGGUUCUCUUGCCAGUAUUGCAUCUAUGACAAAAAAAGAAAAUGAAAAUUUUAAAAUUGGUCUUAUUCCAUCAAAUAUAUGUUUUCAAAAAAUUGUUAGUUCCAUUGAAAGUGAAAGAAAAUUUCAAAGAAUUUAUUAUGAAAAUGUUGUUAAAUUUUUCCCAAAAGUUGAUUGUUGUAGGCCAAUUGUAUUAAUAGGACCUGCUGGUGUUGGAAGAAAUGAAUUAAAAAAACGUUUAGUUUUAUUGAAUAAAGAAAAGUAUAGUACCCCUGUUCCGCAUACAAGUCGUGCUAUGAGACCACAUGAAACAAAUGGUGUUGAGUAUAAUUUUGUUUCAAAACGACAAAUGCAACAAUGGAUUAAUGAGGGUCGUUUUAUUGAACACGGUGAAUAUAAAGGUAAUUAUUAUGGAACUCUUGAUCUCUCUAUUUUAUCAAUUAUAAAUGAAUCAAAAAUUCCUGUUUUAAAUCCACAACCAACAUCCAUUAAAUUACUUAGAAAUCAUAUUUUCAAAUCAAUUAUAAUAUUUAUUCAACCCCCAUCAUUUGAUAUUCUUAAAGAAACAAGACUUCGAAAACAAGCUAAAGCUUUAUCUUCCAAUCAAUCUGCUAUCUCUUAUGGGGCUGGUUUUACAGAUGCAGAUUUAAGUAAUAUGAUAACUUCUGCCGCAAAAAUUGACCAUAUAUAUGGGCAAUAUUUUGAUGCUAGAAUAGUUAAUGAUGAUCUCGAGAUUGCUUUCAAAAAAUUAAAAGAUAUUAUCCAUGCAUUUCAUACACAACCAAGUUGGAUACCAAAAGAUUGGCUUCCUGAUUAUCAAACUUAG